UUACGCGAAUAGACGUCGUGAAACCGUACGUCCUCGCCGUCUUCCUAAUUAUGACACGAGCUCGCGGUCAGUAACUAUCUAUCGUGGUCAAAGGCGCGCACUAUGAUGAUCCAUCCUCGCGCCCAGACUGGCCUCUGACAACUUCCCCGUGUCCAGAGGAGGAACAGAGAAACCAACGAAACUUCAGCUUUCCAGCCCGCUAAGGUUCUUGAGCAAUGUCUGUCCCUCCUCCUCCACCUCCACCACCUCCACCUUCUACAGUUUCCGCACAAUCACGGACAGACCCUCCUAAACUCCAGUGUUCUGAGGGUGGAGGUCGCAAUGCUCUCCUGUCUGACAUUCAGAAAGGGACAAGGCUGAAAAAGGUCAAACAGGUCAAUGACAGAAGCGCACCAAUCUUUGACAAACCUAAAGUGAAUAGUGUGGAUGACAGUGGAAGAAAUGUGGCUGCUGGAAACUCUACAAGCGCAGCAGGAUCUGCUCCAUCUGCAGUGGGCCCAAGUGGACUGUUUGCCAGGGGAUUUCCUGUACUCAAACCACCUGGACAAAGAGACCAACAGUCGCAUCAAAACCCAGUGUCUCGUUCCGGCUCUACCGCAAGCCUGAAGCAGCCUCUCUGGAACCCUCCAUCACAGGGAGAUGGGUUCAGAGGAAGUGCACCUGAUCUUUCCCCCUCCCAAAAACCUUUGGAAAGAGCCUUCACACUGUCUAAAACUCAGUCUAAUUCCUCAUACACCACCCCUUCCUCUGCCCCUCCACCUCCUCCUCAGGAGCGGCCCUGUAAUAGACCACCUCCUCUCUCCACCGGCCGGCCCCCAACCCCUCCUCCUCAAUCGGCAAAACCCAAUAGGUUAAAAUCACACUCCAUUCCAAUGACUACGACUCCGCCUCCUCCACUGCCUCCCUCGGUUCCUCUGUCCUCAGUUCCUGAUAGAUCGUCUGGGGUCUUCUACCCUCCGCCCCCUCUACCGCCUUCAUCAAUCCCUUCAUCCUCGCUCCCUGACAGGUCAUCUGGGAUCUUCUGCCCUCCACCUCCUCCAUCAGUCCCUCCAUCCUCUCUCCCUGACAGGUCAUCUGGGAUCUUCUUCCCUCCACCACCUCCAUCAGUCCCUCCAUCCUCUCUCCCUGACAGGUCAUCUGGAAUCUUCUGCCCUCCUCCACCACCUCCAUCAAUCCCUCCAUCCUCGCUCCCUGACAGGUCAUCUGGGGUUUUCUUCCCUCCACCUCCUUCUCCACCACCUCCGUCCUCGCUCCCUAACAGGUCGUCUGUAGUCUUCUUCCCUCCGCCCCCUUCUCUAGACCCGUUAGAAAUGAAGGCCAAUCCUUUAGGGCCUCCUCACCCAGCUUCCCCUCUUCCUGAUUCGUUUGCAUGCAGUCACCCCUCCUCAGCACCUCCUCCACUACCUCAGAAAGUACCACCUUUGCCACGACGACCCCCUGCAUCAACACGCUUUUCAGGUGCUCCACGGAUGGCUCCACCCCCUGUUCCCCCUGCUCGAUCUCCUAACACGGAACUCUCCAGUAGGAUCCCACCCCCUUCUCCUCUCCCACAGUCAGCUCCGCCCAGCUCUGUACGCAACGGACACCUGCACAGCUUAGACAUUGCAGAUGACUUUGAAUCUAAGUUUCACUUCCAUCCGAUUGAGGACUUCCCCCCUCCUGAAGAGUUCAUGCCCUUCCCACGUAUCUACCCCAGCAAAGAGAACAGAGUCAACCCACAACCUCCUGCCAUGAGGACUCAUUUAAGAUGAAAUGGGACAACAUGAAGUUAACCUUUUGUAGGAUAUAUUUUAAUCAUCAUCCUCAUGGUCAGUGAAGAACAGCAGCCAGAUCUGUAGGUCAAAUCAACUCACUAGAGCACCACUCUAUCAAUCUCAUCUGCAUUACCUGUGAAAACAUUAUAGUUUGAUGUAAAACUAAUUGGUUUUUUUUUUUUGCCAUCCACAUUUCAAAAGGCAAGUUUCCUCAUUACAGCUGCAGCCAUAUUAAAACCCCUAAUUCUUAUAUAUAUAUAUAAAAAAGUUAAUUAA